GUCCCCGGAGCUCCCUAGCGUCACUGGGACCUCGCCCUCCGCUGGGCCACCACCCCGUGGGAAGAGUCGCCAGCCAGGGCGCAGCAGCCCGGCUCGGGGUGCGCAGAGGCUCGGUGGCGGACUGCCCAGCGUCCCUGGAGGCGAGGGGGUCACCUGCGCCCCAGCCCACGGCCCCUACGCCCCCGACCCCGGCGCGGGCCUGCAGGGGCGAGGCGGGGCGCGCGCGCGGGUGCGAGCAGGCCGGCUGGGCCGCGCGGAGGGGCGGCGUCGCCGAGGCCACACCCAUCGGCGGGCGAGCGAGCGAGCGAGCGGCUGGGGCAGCGCGUCGUCGGCCGCCCGCCCUCAGCCUCCGCCCGCACCGAGGAGCCGCGGGAGCCGCCGCACCGGGAGGGGCCGCUCGGGCCGCAGCGCGAGGCCAGCAGGGCGGCGGGGAGCCGGCACGGGCGGGGCCGCGGCCGCCACCAUGAUCGCUUUGUUCAACAAGCUGCUGGACUGGUUCAAGGCCCUGUUCUGGAAGGAGGAGAUGGAGCUCACGUUGGUGGGGCUGCAGUACUCGGGCAAGACCACCUUCGUCAACGUGAUCGCGUCAGGACAGUUCAACGAGGACAUGAUCCCCACCGUGGGCUUCAACAUGCGCAAAAUCACCAAAGGGAAUGUCACCAUCAAGCUCUGGGACAUCGGGGGACAGCCCCGUUUCCGCAGCAUGUGGGAGCGCUACUGCCGAGGAGUGAGUGCUAUCGUGUACAUGGUGGAUGCCGCAGACCAGGAGAAGAUCGAGGCCUCCAAGAAUGAGCUGCACAACCUUCUGGACAAACCACAGCUGCAGGGCAUCCCGGUCUUGGUCCUGGGCAACAAGCGAGACCUCCCGGGAGCACUGGACGAGAAGGAGCUGAUCGAGAAAAUGAAUCUGUCCGCCAUCCAGGACCGAGAGAUCUGCUGCUACUCCAUCUCCUGCAAAGAAAAGGACAACAUUGACAUCACCCUACAGUGGCUUAUUCAGCACUCAAAGUCUCGGAGAAGCUGAGACCUUGGCCCCUCGACUGGUGUCCUCCAGACCUGAAGCUGAACUCCACUCCGCAGCCUCCCCACCCUACUCUUCCUUUUCCCUUCCCUUCCCCUCCCCUCCUCACUCUCACGCGGGUGGGGAGGGGUCCUCUGGUUCCCCAACCCUGUUCUGCUGAGGUUUGAACUACUGUUUUUAUUGUAAGAUAAACUGCUCUCCCCUUCACCCAUUCCCAGCCCCCCCACCCUCCACCACCUGCUGCCCCCCAGGCCCCACCCUUCCCUCUUCCCUGGUCCCCACUUCCCUUUUCAACACUCUUCUGUUACUGUCCUGUGUGUACAGUAUAUAUAUGUAUAUAUAUUUUAAUUUUUUAAUUUAAGCAAAGACUAAAAUCAACCAUUUGAUGCUGCAGGGGCCUAUCAGGACUGGGGGGUAUGGCGGUGGGGGGGAGAGCGGAAGCCUGAGAGGAGACAGGCAGGCUGGGGGGGGGGCAGGUUAGAUCUGGAGGAGGCGCUGGCACCCCGCAGGGACCAGCCUGAUGGCCCUGCCCACUUCCUGUAUGCUUCCACUUCCCGGCCCCCCCGCAGAAUCCUCGGGGAGUGUCCCCCCUCCAGUGCCUCCAGCCUCAGUUGGGCCACGGCUGCCCACAGGUGCCAGAGCCCCCCAGGCCCCCGCAGCCUCGCCCGGCCCACCUCAUUUUCUGUUCUCAUUUUGCAGAGUUGCACAAGGAGAGAGGCUUAGUGCGGGGCGGGCUUGGUUCUUUGGCUUUUGGUUUUGUCGACUUGUUUAACUUAAUGAUUUGUAAAGUGACAUUCCUCUGCCUUUUUUUACACUUUCCAGCUCAUAUUUAACCUCUGUUUGGAAAACAAUUUCUUGUAACUGUAUUUUUUUUUUUGCCUCCUAACAACGACAAUGAGAAUAAAUGACUGAUUUUGUGCUGGG